AUGAAAGUGCAAGUUUACUUUAAUAAUAUUGUUGACAUGGAGGAAUUCAAUGCCACCAUUGAUCCUGGUGAAAGGGUCAUCCAGAAAAGAGACAAAGAAGAUCUGGAUACAUCGGGUGACUUUGUUGAUCUCCAGCCUCUUGCUAUUGAUGGAGUCAGCACCGACUAUGUUGAUUUCAAUAUGAACAAUGUUGAUGAGCUCCUUCAUCGGACAGAAGCCCUGGAGAAGGAGAGUGCCCAUGAUCCUGACAACUACCUCAUUCCUGGAUAUGAUUUCAAGGAAGAUUCUAAAGAUAGAAAUGGGGAAAGACCAAGUGAUAUGCCCAUAGUGCAAGAAAAUUCCCAUGAGGACAUACCAUCCAUUUUCCCAAAGUCAACUGAAGGGUGCCAGACAUCAACAAUCUCAAGUACUUUAAAUGGUUCUACAAGUGAGCCACUGGUGUCUGAAGCAGGUGUCAGUGGAGUUACAGAAGUCCCUGCACUCAGUGAUGGUGGAGAUUCCAUCAAAUCAAUGGAUCCCCAAGAUGUGAAUAAUUCUGAAAUAGAUCUACUUCCAGAGUCACCUCGAACGAGUCAAGAAACAUCCCAAGAAACAAAUCAAGUUGCAACUGUGAAUCACAAUCCUGAUUUUCAGAAUGGAGAUUCAUCUUCAAGAAAGCACAGACCAACAUCUCGCAUCUUCCUUCCCAAAAAGGCAGAGGAAGAAAACAAUGAAACUGCUUCUGAACUGGCAGAGGAUCCCAAUAAGAUGAGGAGGAAGAGAAGUGUGGUAUCAUAUCGUGAUAUGAUCCAAGGUGGGCUUUAUCCUACCAAGUCCCACUUAGCUCCUGUUGCAGUAUCAAAAGCAAGGAAGAGUGAGGAACAGCCACAGAAAAGACGUAAUUCACAGUUCACUCGUGGAAAUAGAGAAUUCCCCAACCGUAAAAGCUUUGAGAAAUUUUCUAGUCUUUCAAAGCAGACUUCUGCACAUUUGAAGCCUAAGGCAUGUGACACAGAUGAUGGCAUGAAUGACAGUCAGCAUCCCCCUUCCCAUCAGUCUAAAUUGAGUAUGGAUAUCAAUCAAGCUAGCACCCCUGGCUUUAUUCCAAACUGCUCAUCAGGACUAUCUGAUCAAGUUACUGAUAGUCCAACUCCCAUUCCAAAGGUUGAGCCCAAUGUGGAAGAUGUAGGAAAUGCAUCUGAUCACCGCAAGCAAGUCCAAGUACCUAAAGACUUCAAGAUUGAGGUCCAAGAGGAUCUUGUAGUGCAGCCAGCUUCUCAGCCUAUGACUCGCUUGCAAAGAAAAGUUAGUUUGCCUGCAAAAACUGAGGAUCUCAUCAACACUACCAGAACUGUUCCUGGUACACGGCUCAUACGUGGAGCAUCUGGGAAGCUGCGAUUGAGUUGUAAACGUGAGAGGCGCCUACAUCCAAAUGCCAUAACUGGCAUCUUAAGGGAGCCAGGGCUACCUCGAGCUCUUGUUAAAAUAGAUGCAGCUCUUGAGGGAGCUGAGGUUGCUUCUAAGUGUGCCACAAAGGAAAUUCAAGCCUCAGUUGGAACAUCUAUGCGUAAAUCUAAUAGAGAUAGGCGACAAAAGUCAUUCUCAUCCAUUGAACCCAAUGUGCGAAGUGAAAAAGAUAAAAUUAGCAAGGCUACACGUGAAGAAGCAGAACGGAAAGAGCCAUCAGGAUCAGUUCUUAGACGGACUCUAAAGGUGGGACAUGUUCAAAAAGAUAAAUCUGAUUCUGCACGUGAUUCUGAAGGAGCUGAUCAAGGGGUUGCAGACCAUGGGAACUCUGGUGACAUCAAUGAGGGGAAAAUCAUUAGACGCAUACCAAGAUUCAGACCACCUAGACAGAAGAACCUUCAAAAAGUCAGCACUGCUCAGAUCUCAGAGGCUUCAACCAACCAUGAUGAUGAGAAAUCCAGGCCUCCCUUGGAGGGGUUUCCAUCCACUUCCAAGAGUCGUCCAUGCCCCAUAUGUUUCUUCAUGUUUGAGAGUGAAGAGAAACUCUCUCAGCAUAAGGAAAAAGUGCACCCAGAAGCUGUGUCUGAUGCAGAUGAUGACGAGGAUGUAUCUGAUGAGGUGGAAGUCAUGUCAGUUGAUAUAGAAGAUGUGAUAGAAGGUCAGGACUUGACACUUGAAGAUAACAUCUCAGAGGCAGAUCUUGAUAAAUCAUUUGAUUUUGACCUCCCACCUGAUGAUGUCUCAGAUGCAGGCCUUGAUCAUUCUACUGACUUGCUGUCACAAGAUGGGAUCUCAGGAUUGGACCUUGAUCAUUCUGACCUACCACCUCAAGAAAACAUCUCUGAGUCAAACCUUGAUCAGUCAAAGGAUUCCAUGGUUAGCACCACCCCUUCUAGGAGUAGAAUGGAAUCAGAUGUUGAAAAGUCAAGGCAAGUUAGAAAACCUCAUGCUGAUAUGAAGAUAAAAAGGAGAAAUUUGUCUUCUUUUGGUGACAAUGAAUCAUCAAAGCAAGAUGCAGAUUUUAUGGACACAGAUGAAGUGGAAAGGGGGGAUGCUUUAUUGGGAAGCCCAAGGACACGAAGAGCCUGGAAACCAUCCAUGAAAUUCCAAGAGUGUCUUCAGACUGGUGAAUACUUCAAAGCAGAGCUGAAGGCACGACAGAGCAAGAAGGCAUCUGACAAGGAAGACGAGUCUGAACCUGAGGACACUGCAAAUGUUGAUCAAAAGAAGAAAGACCAAGACUACAAACCAUCAGCUCCUGCAAGUGUCAAAUCCAGCCCAGCUAAGAGGAAGGUAUCAGAAAGCCCACCCCAGCCCCAGUCUGUGAGAAUGGCAUCCCAGAAGGUGCCUCGAGUUGUGGAUUCAUCAAUAAGUGGAGCAAGACCUGGGAAGAUUGAAUGUGGUGUUUGCCGGUCAGUGAAGUUCUACAGUCACAUCUUGCAGGCCCGCAAAUGGGGAGUAUAUGCCUGUGAGCCUUGUCGAAAGUUCAUAACCAGAAGCAUUGCUCAUGGACCCACUCGUGAAUUCAAGUGUGCAGAUCACCCAGAGCGGUGUGGUCUGCAGAUUCCUCCCCGUUGCCCGGCUUGUUGGGCAUUCCGAUGCAUCCAGCGAUGUCCACAAAUCCAGCCCCACUUGGAAAAGGCCGUUCUUCAAAAGCUCCCAGAUAAACAUCGUCAAAUGUUUCGGGAAGAAGGGAAGGAAAGACGAUUCUUUGGGGAUUGUACACCUGCCACACUGGAGGAAGUGCAUAAGCACAAUUACAACAGCAUCAUUGGGACAGGUCUUGCUGCAAAGAAGACAAAGACAAGGGCUCCUGCAGAGUGUCACUUUGAGCAAGAUGAUGACAACAGUGAGACAGGUAGACGUAGUCAAGGUUCUGAUUUUGAUGCAGGUGGUCAAGGACGCAGAAGUAGAGUUCCAAGGGUGUAUGAGAAUGAUGACAUCAGUGAAGCUGGAAACAAGAAAUUGAAAGUGGUGGUUGGAGGAAGGAUGAAGCAUUCUCAACAUGUAGCUGCCGAUGCACUCAGGAAACGUGCAGCCAAAUUCAAAAGAGGUCCAAAUGCUCCAGGGAACGGGAGAAGGCAACGGACUCCUCUCAAGUUGAAGAAUGAGGUGGCCGUAAAGAGGAGGAAAGGUCCACUGAUCAAAACCAUUGCAAGUCAGAAGAUAAGGAAGAAUGGGGAGGUCCUUGAUGCAUCUGGAGAGCCCCCUAUCAGGAAUGGGAAAGGAAAGCGACCUGGAAAUUUCCGUGGUCCUCGGGUGAAGCACGUUUGUCGGACGGCCUCCAUGGUCUUCCGCUAUCCCUUAGCUGUGAAAGAGGAGGAUGAGUUGACUGCCCUGGACCAACAGGGCCAAGGUGAAGAGGGUCUGAGUCAUUUUUUAGAGGAUGUGUCUGAAUCCUUCCAAGACAUCGGUAUGGAGCAUUCAGAGCUGGAGGACCCAGUGAAGAUGCUAGAAGCUGUUGGACCUGAUCCAAGAUCGUCUCUGGAGUCUGAAUUGGCCGAAUCGGCAUCAGCUCUUGCAGAAAUCUUGGGAGAGGAUGAGGAAGACAUGAGCCUCAAACGAAACAAGAAAAAAAGUAACCAGAAGACCUCAAACAAAUCACGUAGCAAUCAGUGCCCUUAUUGCCUCAAAGUAAUCAAGAGAUCAGGCUUCAUGCAGAAACAUAUUCUAGCUUAUCACACAAAGCCUAAAUGUAGGGAAUCUCAGGAAGAAAGUAAAGAAGUUCCACCUAGUGGGGAGACAGACUUGUCAAGUGCAAGUAAUGCAAAGGAAGAAGAGAAGGAAGGCAAAUUUGGGAAAAUGGAGACCACGGUCGACCUUCCUGCCAAAAAGGGCCAGGUGGAAAAGAAGCAUUUGAAGAGAAAGAAGGCACAGGUUGAUCCUGCAUUUUCCAUCAGCAUUGAUUAUCAUGAGGCUUACCGAGUUGAAGAUGUUGCCAAGCAGGGCUUUGCUGUGAUCUCAGCUUGUCAUCUGGAUGUGGACAUCAUGUGUUACAUGUGUGGGAGUGCAGGAUACUAUGAGUUCCUUUUCUGCUCAGUAUGCUGUGAACCAUUCCAUCCCUUCUGUGCCACACCACCUCCAAAUGAAGAUGAAGUGGAGCAGAACUGGGUUUGUUCCCGCUGCCUAACAUGCCACACAUGCGGACUUGUGUCCCCUGAUCGUACAUGCUCCAGCUGCCAUAAGCAUUAUCAUACAGCUUGCCUCAGGGAGCAUUCUGGAGAUGCCGAAGGCAAGGAUUCCAAGAAACUUCCCAAAUGGAUGAUGGAAUGUUCGAAGUGUUGCAGUUGGGUCCAUGCCAAAUGUGAAGGGCUAUCAGAUGAAUCUUAUCAAAUCCUCAGCUUUCUGCCAGACAGUGUUGAGUAUAUUUGCAGUGUGUGCUACCCACUCAUGAAUGAAGGACUGAAUGAGGAAUUUCUUGAGCCCCCAUUAUGGAAGUCAGCCAUUGAGGAGAAACUCUAUGUAGGUCUCACUGAAAUCCUCCAUAAGGCCAUCAAGUGGAAAGAUGACAUGGAAGUUGCUCGGCUGAAGAAGAAGGAAGAUGAAGAUGCUCUUGCUGGCAUUUCAUUUGAGGUGGAUGAGUCUGGUGAAGUCCGUGGUUGUCCAGAAGCUUUGGCCGCCCUCAUUAGUCAAGGAACCGGCCCAACUUUCAAGCUUCACCUAUCACCUGAAGAUGAGACCAAAGAGGAGAAUAUGGAUGAACCCAUGGAAAUGGAAUCCAAAGCUGAACCCUCUUCCAAGACGCUUGACAGUGUUGAGGAAAACUUGUUGGAAAAAGGAUAUCGGAACAUACGUGCAUUCUUGGUGGAUCUCAGUGCAGCAUUAAGGAAUGAAGCUGGGACAUGCUCUAAUAAUGAGGCUCAGGAGAUGUGCUAUAGGUUCACCAGGGAAGUCUUCUCCUGGUUUCAGCCUGAAAUCCAUCUCCUUGAACCCCAAGAAGACACUGGGAAGCCAGUAAAGACUCCAGUUGCUUCUUCUGACCAUAUCUAUUCCUCUCACCCAGAGGCAGUGAAGGUAAUUCCAGUGAAAGGAGUUCCCAAUCACAAACUAGUGCAAACAAGGAGGUGCCUCUUGUGCAUGCAGUCCGGCGAUGAUCUGAAUGAACGUGCCGAUCGACUCAUCUCAUGUGGAGGGACCAUCUGGAGUCAUGUCAACUGCCUCUUAUGGUCCUCGGAAGCAUGGGAAGAUGCAGAUGGAUCACUGAAAGAUGUCUCUGUCGUGCUAACAAGGGCCCUAGGGAUCUGCUGUCAAGUCUGUGAGAAACGAGGUGCAACUAUUGGGUGUCAAGUGGCUGACUGUGGAAAGUCCUUUCACUUUGGAUGUGCCUUGAAAGCAAGGUGUGUCUUCACCCACUUGGGUCAUUGCUAUUGUGCCCCCCAUGCAAAUUUGGCACGUAACAUCACCACCGACUUCCCUCUCAUUCGCUCGGUCCAUGUGGACAUGGAGUCUCUCCAGUCAGCAGAUCGCAAGGGACUGUACUACAUGGCCAAAAAGGUUGCAGAUAGACGGAAUGUGCAGUUGAUCAUUGGUGCCAUGAGAGUGACCAGUCUGGGAUGGAUCUGCUCUGCAUCUGACACAGAGGCAGCUCUCAUUCCAGCUGACUUCCACAUGCAGCGUCUCUUCUGGAGUGUGGAAGACCCCAAGAAAAGAGUCAUGUAUGAGUUCUCUUCAAAGUUUGUACCCAGAGAGGAGGAGCUAAGCAUGGCACCUGAAUGGGACCAAAAUUGGACCAUUUCUCAUUUGGAAAUGAGUGAAGAAGCCAUUGCAAAAGUCUGGAAGGAGAUUGAGAUCUAUCAAGAGGAGAUUGGAAGACAAGAAGAACUGCUGAAGAGAUCUGAAGAGCAGCAAAAGCAUGAAGAAGAGGAAGAAUCAAGAAGAAACAUUCAAGUCCCAAACUUGAAGGGCAAGUGGGGCAGAUACACUCAGCUCUGGGCUCGAACGGAAAGACCACCCGAACAAGAAGUCAUCCUGGAGUUGGAAGACCUCGACCCGACUGAAGCUGCUCGAGUUCUGCCAGACUACAUCUGGGUAAAUGCUGGUCUUGAUCCCCAAGCAGUGAGGGAAAUGCUCUUAAGGAUCAGCCUCCCUCAAAUCACCCAAAUGGAGCAAGAAGAAAAAAUUAAGGCAGAUGGGAAGGACACCCCAAAGAAAGUCAGGCCCCGUCAAAGGAGCCUUUCCCCGCAGAGACACGUUUCGCCACCUCAUGGCCGACGCUCACUCAGUGCAGACAGUGAUCGACCAAAGAGCCCAUCCUGUGAUAUCUCCUUAAGUUGUAAGAAUUGCCGUGCUCAAGAAGGAUUCACUGUGCGCCCCAUCCAUGCACUGCAGCCUAUUCCACAGGUGGAUGGAUGUGCAGAUUCUGACGGUAGUGAAGACGAGAGCUCAUCUCUCAAGUGUCCUAAGUGUAAAAGUGUGUAUCGAACCAAUGAGAGUGCUCAGAAGCACAUGGCUACAUGUUCUUUUGAAGUGGAUAGCUCUGACAGUGAAGCAGUUGAAGCAAUGGAACAUGAAAGUUCCCUGCCUCUUUCAGGAAUGCCUGCCUCACAUAAUUCUGAAAUGUCAGGCUCACAAAGUUCUGGAAUGUCAGUCUUGGAGAAUUCUUACCCCCCUAUUCCUGAAAAUUCACAAAGUACAAGGCCUCAAGAAAAUAAUGUUCCAGAUCCACCACAGCUUCAUUCAGAUCCUCUGGCAGCCAUUCCUAUUGGGCACAGACCUACAUUUGACUUGUGUGACCCUUUACCAGUUGAAGGCAAGAAAACAGGGAUGUCAGAUUCUCUUGCUGCACUGCAAAGGGUUGUGAAUGAGAAGUUUCUUGAGAGUGAGGCUUCCAUGCCUUCCCAAAGACUGUCACCAAGUUUGUCUGAUCACAGGAAGAUGCGCCAUCGAAAGACAUUGAGGAUGGGAAUGUGCAGCUCUUUUCCAACUCCAUCCACAUCUCAUCAGUCUACAAAUGGCUCUCUGACUGCUGAUGCCAUGCCUCAGCCACCCAAGCAAGUUGUUUAUGCAAAUGUAAAUCAAUGCGCAAUGCAACAGGCAUCCCCAUUACCAACUGACGGGAGCCAGACAGGAGUUACCAUGCCAUACAUGUAUGGCAUUCAAGCACCAAUGGCUAUGCUGAGUCAUCCCAUAUCCAUGGCCCAACCUCAACUUCAGACUCAGCUUAUUCAGCUACCAGAUGGCUCUGUGGUUCAGACUGUCUCUUACCCUCAACAACAGGCACAGGGCCAACUGACACAUCAAUAUGUUCCUUCCCUGGGUGCAUUCGUCCCACAGCAUCUUGCAGCUGUUCCCCAGGUUUACCAAGUCGUACAAGGUCAAGAUGGGCUCAUGUAUUACGUGGCCCAGUCCAUUCAGCCAAUCAUGCCCCAAAUGCCCAUCAUAACGCCUGGUGCCGCUCAUGUUGUUUAUCAGCCGAGUUAUGUCCAGCAGAGUUUCCCAGUCGAGUACAGCAUCCCGAGACCUGAGACAGUGCAACCGUCUACCCCUUCUCAUCCACAGAAGAUCUUGCCAAAGCCAACUCCAGUACCUGAAGUAUCUGAAUCUGGUAAAUCAGAAUCUAGACAACAGACCCAGGAUAUUUCUAUGUUCCCCUUUGCCUCUGUGCCAGGUCCUUCCCAAGCUCCCAUCCCUGUUCCUCCUAGUGUCCCUCUUUCUGCAACUGUUCCUGUUGCACCUCAGGCAUCAGUUGCAUCUGCUUGCACUUCACCACUGAGCAGUGUUGCAAGUGCACCCUCCCCAGGUAGUGGUGACACAUCGGCAGAAGACUCUGGGAUCAUGUCCGAUAGUCAGGCGAACGGAAGGGUGCAGAGUCCAUGCCUGGACUCCGAUCUCUUCCAACCUAGUCAGGAAAGUAAUGCAUUGGCCAGGAGUCAGGAGAGGACUCAAGAGAGUAUGGACUCCUCUCUUCCCAACAACAGGCAUCCAAUCCAAGUGAAAAAGUCCAUCAAACCUGUUGCAGUCACUCCCAAGCCAGAUCAACCCUCUGCAGUGGUUCAACACCAUCGUGUUACUGAGCUGAAAAAGGCAGAAUCCUCUGGCAGCUCUUCACCUACAAAGCCUGAGACCACAAAUGCAGUCACAACUCCUGCCCUGUUACUUAAAGCCAAACUUCAUGAGAAGGAAGCUGAGGUAACUGUUUUCCCACCAAAAAUCUCUGGCAAAGCAGCUAAGAUCAUGAAUGGUAAGAAGCCAGCAGAAAGAACCACCAAGGCCCAUAUCGUUUUUGAAGUGAAGAGUCAAGAUGGAGUAGUUUUCAAAUCUAAUAGUCUGGAAGAAGCAUGGCAGUGUCUCCUUUCUGCCGUCCAAGAUGCUCGACAGGCUCAAGGACUGCCAUCUUUCCCGUCUACUGCAUUGUCGGGUCUUCAGCUCUCUGGUCUCUCCCAUUCGUACCUGCAGUACCUCUUGGAACAAUUACCGGGUGCUAACGAAUGCACCAAGUACGUGUUCCGCUUCCACCAGCCCCCAUCAUUGGAUCAAGAGACCAUACCGAACGCAACCGGCUGUGCUCGGACCGAGGGAUUCAAGCGGAAUCCAGCUCAGGGUUCCAAAGACCCGUUCAGUUUCCUCGGAUCUUCGCAUCGUCCUCGACCAGUGCCCAGCGUGGAGACUACAGACACGGAAACCCUGAACCAGGGCUCAGUGAAAGGUGCCAAAUCCACGGAGCUUCCCUUGGCCAUGCGCUAUCGACACAUGAGGGAGAAUCGUAAGAAUGCGGUUGGUGUUCAUAGAUCUGAAAUCCAUGGCCAGGGACUGUUCUCCAAGAGGAGCAUGGAUGCGGGAGAGAUGGUCAUGGAGUAUACGGGAGAGGUGAUUCGCUCAGCUGUAGCCGACAUUCGAGAAAAGAUCUACGAGAGCAAGGGGAUGGGCUGCUACAUGUUCCGCGUGGACGAGGACACCGUCAUCGAUGCCACCAUGGCAGGCAGUUCUGCCAGGUUCAUCAACCAUUCCUGCGAGCCCAACUGUUACUCUCGAGUGGUGGACAUCCUGAGCGAGAAGCGGAUCAUCAUCUUCGCGUCGCGGCCCAUCAAGAAAGGCGAGGAGCUGACGUACGACUACAAGUUCCCCCUGGAGGAGGACAAGAUCCCUUGCAUGUGCAAGGGCAAGAGGUGUCGGAAGUAUCUCAACUGAGGAUUCCUCGUGCUUUUUUGUUUUAUUUACACCAGACCUGUGUUGCGACGAUUUCGAGUCAGGUCUUCGUUGUGCGUCCUGAUCGAGAAUGAAUUUUCGGUAACUCCAUCUACAGCGUUGGCACCAUUCUAUUAUUGUCAGAAUCAGACCGCAAUGUCCAAUAAUAUUUUUAGAAUGAAGUCCCUUUUUCGGA